AUGCGUCUCACCGAACCACGGAAAGGCCUGCAGAUGGGCGGCCUCAGCAUCAUGCACCUGAUCGAGGUGUUGGAGCUAGACGCCGGUUCUGGGAUACCGCUGGAGACGCUCGGGUCUGCUUACACACCCCAAGGCUCUGAGCAAGGAGAUGAGUCCUCGCUGGACGACUCAGACUACGAUGACCUGUUUUUGGACAAGGAAGACGAGAUGAGGGACCUGAGCGACACGGAUCCGGAGGACGACGAGAGCGUGCUGGACGGCGUCCCGCCAGAGGUGACCAUUCCCCAGGCACAACUGGAAAGCAUUCUGGGCCAGAUGGCCGUCAUUGUGCCGUGCAAAGGCGAGGACCCAAACACGAUCGAGGGCGUUCUCUCGGGCAUUCCCCGGGGGUGUCUGAUCGUGCUGGUGUCCAACAGCGAGCCACGGGCGUACAAAAAGGAGGUCAUGAUGCUCCGAAGGUUCUGCCGCACAGCUAGGCCCGCCUUGGCGAUCCACCAGAGCGAUGCCGCGGCAGCAGCGGCCUUCAACAUGUAUGGCCUGGACGACCUGGUCACGCACGUGGGCGGGAGCCACAAGCGGAUCCGAAAUGGAAAGGGGGAGGGCAUGAUGCUUGGCAUCGCCCUGGUUGCUGCUCUGUGCCCUCAGCGCCGCUAUGUCGCCUUUGUCGACGCCGACAUCACCGUCCCCGGAGCGGUCAACGAGUACUGCAGGGCCUUUUCCGCCGGCUUUGCUCUCAAUCCCAACCCGGGCACCGAGACCAUGGUGCGCCUCCGGUGGGCAUCUAAGCCCAAGGUCAGGAACGGGGAAAUCGACUACACGUGCGAGGGGAGGAGUUCGCAGGUGGUCAACCGCUGGCUGAACAAGCUGUUGUCAGCCAUGGCUGACGCCGACCCGACUGGAAGUUUGGCCGCUGCCCGUGACAGCGAGAUCAUCGUAACGGGCAACGCCGGCGAGCACGCCAUGACCAUGGACCUGGCUUUGAACUUGAGGCUCGCCAACGGCUACGCCAUCGAACCAUUCCAUUUUGUGGAGCUGCUCGACCAAUUGGCACCUCAGACUGCCCAGGCCGACCGACUCGGCUAUAACGCGGGCCGGGUCCCAAAUCUGCAACCGGUCACCAUCAUGCAGAUUCGGACCAGGAACCCGCAUUUCCAUCGGGUAACGGACGACUCACAUGUCCGCUCCAUGUGGGCUAGCGGGUUAGGGUCCAUUUACCACCAUCUGCCCGCUCCCUUGAGCACGCCAACGCCAUCACCAUUUUCCAACAAGAACUUGGCUCGUGGCGAGAAGCUUCGUGGAGAUAUCUUGGAUUUCCUGGCCGACGAGCAGGAAGAGAACGACAAUUGCAAAGGAGAGUUAGUCCAUGAGCCACCACGACCGCGGAUCUAUCCGCCAGUGAGCCAGCUGGAUCUCAACGGGUUCCGAGAGAUGGUGAGGAGCCAGCACAAGACACUUUACUGUCUGAAUCUCCCUCAUUUCAAGCUCCCCAGGCCAAACACCAUUGCGCCUGUGUACCAGUACGGAGUCACGCCACCAUUGUGA